CAGUGGUUGCUUGACUCGUCUUCCUCGUAGGUUACCACAACAAAUAAGAAAUAUCUGCCAUCUUGCCUUUGGCAGUCAGGUUUUUAACUAUUUUUCUUUUUGACCCUUCUUUUUUUAAAAAUCGAGGUUUUAAAUAAAAGUACGGAACAAAUGUUUAAAUGGACGCAACGUCCAUUAUUACUCAAGUAGCACGCGAUGACGACCAAAUAGGAAAUUAUUCCUCCGACAGAGGGGGAAAGAAGGGCCGAAGAGGAUUAUGGAGGUCUCUGCUGUGCUGCUUUGGAAGCGAAGACAGUCCGAAAGGAUCCAAGGGCUCAGGAGUGAAUGAAGUUAUUUGUCAUACUGAAGUUGUAAGCUCAGGAUCACCUAGAUAUCUUCUACCUCCAGUACGACAUCAGGACAUGCAUAAAAAAUGCAUGGUCAUUGAUUUGGAUGAAACAUUAGUUCACAGUUCAUUCAAACCAAUCAACAAUGCUGACUUUGUUGUCCCCGUUGAAAUUGACGGGACCAUUCAUCAAGUAUAUGUUCUUAAGAGGCCUUAUGUAGAUGACUUCCUACAAAGAAUGGGAGAAUUGUAUGAAUGUGUUUUAUUUACUGCAAGCCUAGCAAAGUAUGCGGAUCCAGUUGCAGACCUUUUAGACAGAUGGGGAGUUUUUAGAUGUAGACUUUUCAGAGAAUCUUGUGUUUUCCAUCGUGGAAAUUAUGUCAAAGACUUAAACAAGCUUGGACGGAAUCUUCAGAAAGUUGUUAUCGUCGAUAAUUCACCUGCAUCUUACAUAUUCCAUCCAGACAAUGCGGUUCCCGUAGCUUCAUGGUUUGACGAUAUGACUGACACAGAAAUGUUGGAUUUAAUACCCUUCUUUGAAAAUCUAAGCAAAGCAGAUAAUGUAUAUGCAACUUUAUGUAAUUCAAAUCACCCGUAUAAUUCCAACUCAACGGGUAACAUCAGCAAUAGCCAUAUAACUUCAUAGCAUCACCAAGCUUCCUUCCCUUCCUGUGCCAACAUUGCCUUCUUUUGGUAAGUAUCGAUACUACCAAAUAUUUUUUUAAUUAAAUCGGAAUAAUAGUAUUGUAAUUUUGAGAGCUGACGUUCAAAAGAGAAAAAAAUACUAAAAAAAGAAAAAUGGAUGAGAAAUAUAUAUAUUAUAUAUUAUAUAUAAUAUAUAAUAUUUAAUGAAUUUUAUACAUUUGAUACUUUAUUACAUCAAUAAUAAAAUUGCGCUGAAUCAUAGAAUGUAAAUUUUAAUUUUAUUUAUAAACCAAAUUGGAUUGUUUGAUUCCCCAUUUUUAUAUAUAUGUAUACAUAAAAAUUAUUCCUUUUUUCAUCCUUAGUUGCUGGAAAUUUCUUGUUGAUGUGUUAUAGGUGUUACCAAUAAUUUUGGAAUUUUAUUGCUUUAGAAAUAAUCGUAGACUAUUUUAGCAAUGUAACACAUCAACUGUGCUUAAACAUUAAAAUCCAACAGAUAAAACAUUAAACAAUAAUUGGAUAAAUAAAAAAGGUUUUUUAAGCUAUUUGUUAUUUAUUUCUUAAUUUUAUUUUGUAAAUUAAUUAAGGAAAUAAAUUACUUAUAACACGAUAAACACAAAUUAUGUUGUUGAAGUUUAUAUCAAAUAAAAUGUACAAAAUGUUGUUUUAUGAUACAUUAGUGUACCAUAACUGUUGUUGAAAUCUGUAAUGUUAGAUACUAAUACAUAUAAUUUUUAUUAAUAAGAGGUAGUACAUUUUAUAUUAUAGGUUGUGAGAUAAAAAUAAAUAAAUAAAAGCCAAGCACAUAAAAUUAAAAGUUUUGUUUAGUUUUUAAUUUAAAAAAGCUGUGGUAAUAUCACGUUCUUUUUAGAAAUAUGUAAUCAGAUCAAACUCACUAAACUAAUUCUAAUGUUAUUUAUUUAUUUAUUUUUUAUAAGGUCAUUGGAUUUGUUUAAUAUCUUUUACCUAUAGUUGACUAAAAUGAACUGUAGUUUUGCCGUUUUUUAUUUGAUUUAAAUAUAAAACAAUCAGUCAUUUAUUCAUUUUAAUAUUUAAAAAAAUGUCCAUAGUAUUCUACAUGUUUUUUAAUUUUGUAACAACUAAUAAGUAACUAAAGAAUAUGUUCACUAUAAAAAAAAUCCAAUGCCUUUUUUUUUUCUUUUUUUUUUUUAACGCACCUCUUCUUUUAUAUUUAACAUUCCACACAGGACAUUGGGAACAAAUACAAAAACAUUAACCCUAAAAGAAGUGUGGUUUCUCUUGCAUUGCAUUAUUUUACUGACAUACAUCCACCCCUUUUGGAUUGUUUUUAUUUCAGCACAAGGAGUGGAAGUUGUAAUUGAAAAAUUAAAAAACAACAACAUAAUUUUCAUGUUUUUAUACAACCAAACACACUUUGUUGAUGUAUAGAAGUUAGAUUUUAUUGAUCGACCAUCAAGGAUUUUGCUAAUAGGAAAUGUUGAUUUCCUAAUUUCAAUGUUGAGGAUAUCUUUCAUAUCACAAUUGUAAACCUUGUUUUAAUUUUACACACUUAUGUAUACCAAACAAAUUACUGGUAUUUUCCUAUAUUUUAAAUUGUGUAAAAAAUUAUAUCAAUAUAAUUUAAUAUAUUAUUGUUACAAUUGUACAAUUUUAUUUUAUUUUUGUUUGUUUUAUUUAUAUUAUAAAUUUAAAAAAAAAAUCUAAAUUUUGUAAUGCUUUUUGAAAUUCAAAGGGCUCAAAAGACAUUUUCACGAUUGAAAUAAUGAAAUUGUUACAAACAAACAUGUACAUUGAAUGUUUAUUUAAUAUUUGUUUUUAGAAGAAGCCUCAGUAAGUUUUUUUAAGCCAUUUUAUGAGUUCCAUUUAAACAUAAUUUUCAAUAAUUAUUCCCUUCUGCACAAAUCCAAUUGUAGUAUGAAUCGUAUCGCAUUUUCAAUUGUGGGGUGAGUGCAAUUUUCUGUAUAUCUGGAAUGAAAGUCUCGUUUUGAACACUUUUGAAAUAUACUAGAACAGCAGUAAAAUUAGGCCUACAUAUUUUUUCUAAAUGAAUCUGUAGAUAAAUGGUACAUGAGUUAAUACAUAUAUUUUUUUAAAGUAGUUUUAUUUGUUGAAUUAUCUUCAUGUCCCAGUUUUUUUAAAAAUUUUUUUGAACAUAUAAAUGUUUUAAACUAAUAAAAGGUUUGUAUGUGCCAAAUUAGUUAUAAUUUAAACAUUUAAUUUAAGUGGAAGCAUAACCAUUACUGGGGUUUCUAUUUAUGUUUGAUUUUGUUGCAUACAAAGUAAAUUGAAUUCAUUUGGACAAA